CAGCGGGGACCGCGGAGGGACCGCAGGGACAUCAGGGGGACAGCGGAGAGCCAGCGGAGGGACAGCAGGGCCGGCAGGGCCAGCGGGGGAGCCGAGGGCCGGUGCGAUGCGGCGCUGGGCGCUGCUGGCCGCGCUGCUGGCCGCGCUGUGCGGGCCCGCGGCGGGAGGCGGGCGGCGGCGGGCGGCCAGCCUGGGCGAGAUGCUGCGGGAGGUGGAGGCGCUGAUGGAGGACACGCAGCACAAGCUGCGCAACGCCGUGCAGGAGAUGGAAGCGGAAGAGGAAGGGGCAAAGAAGCUGUCAGAAGUCAGCUUUGAGGAUUUACCUCCCAACUACCAUAACGAGUCCAACACGGAAACCAGAGUGGGCAACAGAACUGUUCAGACCCAUCAAGAAAUUGAUAAGGUUACAGAUAACAAAACUGGAUCAACAGUUUUUUCUGAGACAGUUAUCACAUCCAUAAGAGAUGGAGAAAACAAAAGGAAUCAUGAGUGUAUCAUUGAUGAAGACUGUGAGCCAGGGAAGUAUUGCCAGUUCUCCACCUUGGAAUACAAAUGCCAGCUCUGCAAGCCCCAGCACACACAGACAGCUAAAACGCCUUUCCCUCGGCCUGCAGAGCUCCUGUUCCCUGUGUGCACACCCUUGCCUGAGGAGGGAGAGCCCUGCCAUGAUCCUUCCAACAGACUCCUGAACCUCAUCACCUGGGACCUGGAGCCUGACGGGGCGCUGGAGCUGUGCCCCUGUGCCGGGGGGCUGAGCUGCCAGCCCCACAGCCACAGCACCACAUCUGUGUGCCAGCUGUCUGCCAAUGAAACACAGCACACUGAAAAAGAAGAUCCCCUGAUCAUGGAUGAGAUGCCCUUUCUCAGCUUGAUCCCUCAAGAUCUCCUCUCUGAUUAUGAGGAAAGCAGUGUCAUCCAGGAGGUGCAGAGAGAAUUAGAAAGCCUGGAGGACCAAGCAGGUUGGAAGGCUGAGCCUGAGGCAGCUCAGGAGCUGGUUUUGGGAGAUGAAAUCUAAAGCCCAAAGCUCCAGUUUAGUUAGUUAUUUCUAGGUUUAUUUUUUGUUUAGUACCUUGCUUGUAUGAACCCUGAACACACACUACUGGAUAGAAGUGCAAUAAACAAGGUCUUCAAGGAGCAUCCUUCUCUGUGCACCAAACCUGCAUGUCCCUGUGGAGUUCAUGCUGCUGUGGAAUUCAUUCAGUGCCUGCCUUCAAACCUUCUGCCAAAUGGGAACCGUGGGAGUGCUCUUCUGGAUUUGUACUUUCCUCUUGUAUGUCAGAAAUAAACUUCUUUGUACUUGUACUCAUUAAAAAAUACAUGCAAGCAUCAAUUAUUUCAAGUUAUUAGAAACUA